AUGAAUCUUCGCGCGACUGGUGAAGUUUACACUGCCGAUACCUACGCCGAUUUGGAGAAGCACUAUCCUACUGAUUCUUGGAACGAUGUCGGCACGAACGCCUACGGCUGCGUCAAACAGCUUUACCUUUUGAAGAAGGCCAACCGCCGCAUGAAGGUCAUGCUCAGUAUUGGAGGCUGGACAUGGUCGACCAACUUCCCCGCUGCCGCUAGCACGCCCGAAGGCCGAGCCCUCUUUGCUCAGUCCUCUGUCAAACUCAUGAAAGACUGGGGCUUUGACGGCAUCGAUGUUGACUGGGAGUAUCCAGCCGACGCCACCGAAGCAGCUAACAUGGUCCUCCUGCUUCAAGCAGUCAGAAGCGAGCUGGACUCCUACGCCACCCAAUACACUCCCGGCUAUCACUACCUUUUGACUAUUGCUUCACCUGCUGGCCCCAGUCACUACAACGUCUUGAAUCUCAAAGCGAUCUCUGAUGUCAUUGAUGCGUUCAACUUGAUGGCAUACGAUUAUGCCGGUUCCUGGGAUGCCAAUAGCGGCCAUCAGGCGAACUUGUACCCGAACCCGAGCAACCCCUCGUCGACGCCAUUCUCCACUGAUGCUGCUGUCAACGAUUACCUCGCAGCCGGCGUACCAGCCGCAAAGAUCGUACUCGGCAUGCCCAUCUACGGUCGCUCGUUCGAACAGACCAACGGCAUCGGCCAGCCGUUUACCGGUAUCGGGAGCGGUUCCUGGGAGAACGGAGUGUGGGACUACAAGGCUCUUCCCCGAGCGGGCGCCACCGAGCUGUACGAUGCCACGGCGGUUGCCUCCUACAGCUACGAUCCAGCCGCCAAAGAGCUUAUCUCUUAUGACACCCCGGCCGUGGUGCGGACCAAGGUCUCAUACCUGACAGGCAAGGGCCUCGGUGGUUCCAUGUUCUGGGAGGCGAGCGGCGACAGAACUGACAGUGGAAGUCUUCUGGCGACUAGCUUCAAUGCUCUCGGUGGCGCGAGCACCCAGGACCAGAGUCUCAAUCAGCUGAGCUACCCUAACAGUCAGUACGACAACAUCCGCGCGGGUGUACCAGGCGGUUGA